GAUAUCGAAUUUGUGUAGUCUCAGUCCAGAUACUUGACCUCUCCUAAAUAAAAACGUAUUCCAAUUUCAACUUUUCGGGUGGAAGCAUCUAAAUCUUAAAUUUUCCUGGAACAAUAAUUUAAAUAAAUUUUUUCGAUCCUGGCGUUUUUGCGUUCUUUCAAGAAUUCGGCAAAAAUGUCUCUGCCUCGAGUUUAUUUCGAUAUUUGUGCCGGAAAGGAGAAAUUGGGACGCAUCGUCAUGGAGCUGCGCUCGGAUGUGGUCCCAAAGACGGCGGAGAAUUUCCGUGCCCUAUGUACCGGCGAGAAGGGUUAUGGGUACAAGGGCUCCCCAUUCCAUCGCGUCAUACCAAACUUCAUGUGCCAGGGCGGAGACUUUACCAAUCAGAAUGGGACCGGUGGGCGUUCCAUUUACGGUAACAAGUUCGCCGACGAGAACUUCGAGCUGAAGCACACUGGACCGGGCGUCCUCUCCAUGGCCAAUGCUGGAGCCAACACCAAUGGAUCACAGUUCUUCAUUUGCACUGGCAAGACCAACUGGCUGGACAAGAAACAUGUAGUCUUUGGAAAAGUCGUCGAGGGUAUGGAGAUUGUACAUAAGGUCGAAUCGUUCGGUUCCACCACUGGAAAGACCUCCCAGCCAAUCCUCAUUGAAGAUUGUGGCGUCUUAUAAGGAGGCAAUCACUCGGAACACAAUACAACCACCCCAAUAACACUGAAAAAAAACAACACGCUCAUUUACACCCGUCUUUACACACACACACAGACCUAUGUUCUAACAAAUGAACUAGUUCCGUUCCGUUCACACAAUUGGCAUUCAUAAACAGUGUUGCGUUCAAACCAAACAAACCCUCAAUUAAAGGAACUGAGGCAUUGCA